AUGUCGGGCAGUGCAGGCUUCGACAGACACAUCACCAUCUUCUCCGACCAGGGGCGCCUCUACCAAGUCGAGUAUGCCUUCAAAGCCAUCACCGCUGCGAACAUCACCUCCAUAGGCGUUCGAGGAAAGAGCUGUGCCGUCGUCAUAUCACAAAAGAAGGUUCCUGACAAGCUGAUCGAUCCCGCCUCCGUCUCCUAUGUCUACCGGCUGUCGCCCUCGGUGGGCUGCGUCAUGACCGGCUCCAUCGCCGAUGCAAGAGCAUCAGUCAAUCGAGCACGAGGGGAGGCGGCAGAGUUCAAGUACAAGUUCGGAUACGAAAUGCCGUGUGAUGUGCUCGCGAAGCGUCUGGCCAACAUCUCGCAAGUGUACACGCAAAGAGCAUACAUGCGCCCACUCGGAGUUGCGACGACGUUGAUUUCCGUGGACUCGGAGUAUGGUCCACAACUGUACAAGUGCGAUCCGGCGGGCUACUACGUGGGAUACAAGGCCACAGCAUCCGGCCCGAAAGCGCAAGAAGCCCUAAACUUCUUCGAGAAGAAGCUUAAGAACAAGGACAACGCGGAGGGCACAUGGGAGGAUGUGGUGGAGCUCGGCAUCACCGCGCUCAGUACCGUCUUGAGCGUGGACUUCAAAAAGGGCGAAUUGGAGAUUGGCAUCGUCGGCGGGCCUCGAUCGGGCGGCGCAGACGGCACGGAUCCCGGCUUUCGAUCGCUUACGGAGGAGGAGAUUGACGAGCGAUUACAGGCCAUAGCUGAGAAGGACUAA